CUGCUGUUGGUGUCUGUUUGUGCCCGUGCGCGCGUGCUCUUCUCCCCGCUGUGGAGCGCGGUGACCGGAGAGGCGCGUUGGGUGUCUCACACACACACACACACACACAUGCAUGCGCGCUCCGACGCCAUAUGCUUCCUGUACCAUAUGCUGCAUGCAGCACACUAUCCAUAAUCAUGUAGAUCUAAUGUUGGGACGCUUUAUUGUGUGUCUGUGAUGUGACGCGUCGGUGUUACACGCGUCAUAGAUCACCGUUUUAAUUACGCACGCACGCACGGUGGAGACCGGGAGCUGUCACAGCCUCUCCGGUGUUCCGGCAGUCAGCAGAGUGACGUGCAGCCGAGCCGAGGUGUUUCCAAACUCUUUUCCUGAACUUCUUUUUUUAGCCGAGACCCCACGCGCGCUUUAGGAGUGGAACAUAGAUCAGCGGUUACGUAACUCACCGGAGGCCGGAGGGGUCAAUAACAGUGACGCCGCACAAUAAUCUGAAGGUUCAAAGUAAAUGAGGCAAAAAUAAUCUGGAGGUUCUUCUCUCUGAGGACAUCUGGAGGUCUCCGGGCUUUGGUUUUAUUUGACAUGCAAGACACGCGUGGACAAUUUAGAGUUUAUGUUUAAUCCUCAUAAAACACUCAUGGCAUCUCAGGGCCUUUUUUGUUAAUCCGAGUUCAAUGCAGACGCUUUGUGUGCAGGCUGGAUAGAAAUAGACACUCGACCCUUCACUCAUCAUCCCCAUCUCAGACUGAUGACAUAUAACUCUCAUGACUUGUGUGUGUGUGUGUGUGUGUGUGUGUGUGUGUGUGUGUGUGUGUGUGUGUGUGUGUGUGUGAAUGCAGGAGCUUUCAGUUUGAACUUUGCAGUUGUGUUCAAAUGUAAGGAUUUAAAUAGCAACGCAAGUGUUUUGUUGUUUAGCGUGCGGGGGGCGGGGCUAAAACAGGGAUAGAAACAGAGCACGAUGAACAGCAGAACUCUGAGGUUUUAAUGUUUGAGGCAGUGAGGAAAUGGGAACCCCUGAUUGUCAGCUUGAAGUCUGAACCAGCAGCUGCAAAAGAAGACGCUCAUCCGGUCUGCAGAGCAGAGCACAGGAAUGGUGGAUCACCUGCCGCUUGGUGAGGAGACCUUCCUGUAUUACACCGGCUCCCCGGGGUCGGACUACAGCUGCCUGUGUCACCACGCUAAUGGUGGCGCGUUGCCAGGGAUCAUGGUAACCGACGCGUGCGUCUACGACCACCGCCACCUCCACCCCUACCAAGGGCUGGCCCUCUCCUCCUCCUCCCCUCGCCCCUCUGAGGAUGACCUCAGCGACUCCUCCAGCCCUCGGUCCUCGCUCUGCUCCAGCCCCGAGGCCUCGUCGCCGACGUUGCGCCGCGUCCUCGCCGCCGGCUACGAAAGCCGAGGCAGCCGGAGCAGCGGGAGCUGCAGCUCCUCGGGAGGAGAGAGUCGAGACAGCCUGCUGGACCUCCUCCUCUCGCAGGCCUCCCUCCCUCACAACAACUCUUCUACUGUAUCUUUCUCCCUAUCCCAAGCCCCCCUGUCCUCUUCUUCCUCUUCUUCCUCCUCCUCACCUGCCGCUCUUUUACCCAUGGGCUUGGCCUGGGAGUCCAAGAGGGAGCAGCGGAUGACUCUCCUCCAGCAGCACGCCAAAGAGGACUGCUACGAGUUCCCCGUCUUCCUGGACGAGAUGCAGGAUCCGGCGGCGCUCUUCUUCCAGCCCACCUUGGAGGAGAUCGAGGAGUUCCUGGAGGAGAACAUGGCGGUGGCGUUGGGGAAAGGAGAGGAGGAGAGCAACGAGGCGAUGUCGCCAAUGGCGGAGGAUGCCGAGGCGAAAGGUUCACGGACAAUGGCAAGAGAACCCGCGUCGGUGUCACAGAAUUCGUAUCAGACGUUGCCCGUGGUGCAUUCGCCGCCCUCCUGCUACACAGAGACCAAACACACGGCAUGCGCGUCAGACAUGGACGGCUCGCCACCAGCAGCGGAUUUUAGUUCUCCUCGCAGUGUUGACGAGAUCAAACACGAAGAUUGUGGUUCACCGCCGGCCGCGUCGGAAGGUACCGGUGCUUCCGGCGUGCCGGUCAUCCUGCAAAUCCAGCCCGUCCAGAUCAAACAAGAGCCCAACGCCAGCGCCGUGCCAUAUGCUGCAACCCGGCAAGCCCAACCCCCAAAGACCCAGGCGGCGCAGCAGGCCCCGUCGGACAUCAAAAUUGCCCAACUCCUGGUCAACAUCCAGGGCCAGACCUUCGCCUUGGUGCCACAGCUGCUUUCGGCGACAAACAUUGCCAACGCGAGCAAAAACGGGAGCGCCGUGUUGCCUAAAUUCGUCCGGAUCGCACCGGUGCCCAUCGCCGCCAAACCCACGGGGCUCGGGGAAGGCGGGGGCUCGACCGCCGGGGUUCUCGUCGGGGGUCAGAGGUACCAGAAGAGCGCCGUGGCAGACUUAAUUAAAAUGCACAAGUGCUCUUUUCCCGGCUGCAAUAAGAUGUACACCAAGAGCAGCCACCUUAAAGCGCACCUGAGGAGGCACACGGGGGAGAAGCCCUUCGCCUGCACCUGGUCCGGCUGUGGAUGGAGGUUCUCCCGGUCCGACGAACUUUCCCGACACCGGCGCUCCCACUCGGGAGUGAAACCGUACCAGUGCAUCGUCUGCGAGAAGAAGUUCGCCCGCAGCGAUCACCUGUCGAAACACCUCAAAGUCCACCGCUUCCCCCGGAGCAGCCGGACGGGGCGCUCUGCAAACUGAGUCUCCUGACCCCACUCUGACGGACUGGAGGGUGGGGGAGGGGUGUGUGUGUGUGCGUGUGCGUGUGUAUUAGUGUGACGGACGACAGCGGAGGAGGGGGUGGGGGGGGGAGGGGUGUUGAAAGUCCCCCCAAACACCUUGAUCAUGUUUAAGCGUGUGCGUGACGUACGUCCAUGGUACUGUUAUAAUUUAUUGAGUGGUGAGGAAAAGACUGUAAAAAAGAAAAGAGAGAAAGUGAAACAGAAAUCUGUUACUUGACACAACACCCUCGCCGGUGGAAUAAGCUUCUUGUACAUAACGACUUUUUUUUUUUUUUUUUUGUCUCACUUCAAAAUCUUUCAGCUGAUCUAAUUUGACGAAAUAUUUGAGAGUAUAUUUACACUUUGUUGUUUCUGGAGUCAAACGCCUUUUAUGAAUAAUAAAACAUUUUUUAAAUCGCGAAGGGGUUCUGCUACUAUUUAAACCCCCACUUUUUAUUCUUUUCUUUUUACUUUGCUGGAGCCAAAUGCUUUUUAGCAAAAACGCAAAAACGCAUCGCUUGAUGGCUUGAAAUUGAAUUUGUUGCCCAACCGAAGCUGACUGGACGGGGGGGGGGGGGGGGGGGGGUUGAUUGACAGCUGAGUGAACGAUGCCUGGACAUUCCUGGAGCUUUGAAUAAGUGUCUUUAUUGCCUUUGAGUCUCAUGACAGGGAGGAACACCGAAGUGACCUCAAACCCAAGAAGAAUGAUCAUGUUCAACGUCGAAUUACCACUCACCAGCAAACAUGUGGUUAUGUAAUUUGCACUGGCACACGUGAACAAUGUGUAUUUCUGGCAAUUUGUUUUUGUCUCAUCUGGUCCAGAGUAUUUCUUCAGAACAUUGUUUUGGUCUUUGUUUGUGUGGGUGCAGCCACAUGGAAUGAUUGUCUGCCAAUGAGCUCAAUCUGAUGUCAAAAACAAGCUUUUACAGCGGCACGUUCAACUGUUAACUCAUGAAAACAUUUGUUUUCUGAUUUUGCGAUGUCGAAAUUAAAACUUUAUUAGUCACUUUUACUUCAUGCCACUGCUGUCCCGAGUGGCACAAGCAAAGGAUGUAACGUCUCAACUCAUUUUCCUCCUCUCCUGCCAAAUCAAGUUCAUUUUUCCGCCUGUCUUCUGUUUCACGUCAAUUCAGAUGAUUUUUUUUUACAUAUCAAAUGAAGUGAAAUAAUUUACAUAUCAAAAUCUAUGCGGAUCCUUUUCUUCUUUUUUUUGCACUCGCUGAUGCUGGAAACAUGUGUUACAACAUCGAAUCACAACAAUUCACCCCAGAUCAGCUGUAUGUAUAUUUGUAUUUGCCUAUGUAUGUAUAUCACAGGUGUCAAACAAUAUGGCUCUUCCACUGAAGCCUCUUCUCUUUUUAAAAUUAGUCAAUAAAACCAAAAAGUUUAUCAUAGAACGUUUUUCUUUGGCCGUAUUACUUGUUACAGCGUAUUCGCCAAAGGUAUUUAAGAAAAAUGCAGAUUCCCUUUGUCCCACGGUCUUGAACACAUCAGAUCUCUUUCCAUGAAAUGAGAAGCCUCGGUCUCCAGGGAACAGCGACUGUUUUUCUUCUUUUAUCGUUCUCAUAUUACGUGUUCCUGUAUGAAUCAGUUGAAUUAAACCAAAAUAUUUCGUGGUUUUUCGUGUCACCAUAAAGUUGAGGAUCAAGCUGUCGAUAAUCCGUGCCGAUAUUAUUGUUUUGAAGAGAAGGAAUAUUGAAGUUUUUGAACUGGAAUCGUCGUUUUGUUUGGUUGUUUUUUUGGGAAGCGUUUGAUUCGCUGAAAACCGACAUCGAAGGCCGAGCCCCCUUUGAGCGAUCGGGACGCCGAUUGGAAGAAGUGUCACGCCGAUGUCAAGCAUUCCUUCCGCACGAUCAGGAGAAACACUUUUCUGAGUGGGCGUGAGCCCGUGAAUGUAUGUAGCUACUGUAAAUGCAUCUGAAAGGAGAUCCGAACGAUUCUUCUGGUGAUUUAUGUGAUUGUGAAAAAAGAUUCUUUGAAAGAAUAUGUCAAGAAAGAGUGAUGAUUCAAAUAUUUAGCGAAGAAUGUUGGUAACUUGCUUUUUCUUGCCGGGUUAUUUUUAUUUUUUACAUGACGCGUGAAAUGUCUCGUAACGCAUCAAUGGAUCAGAACCUGUAACAUAUUCUCCCAAUAUGCAUAUGUCUAACUUGGUCAGGUGCAAAUUGCAAUACAGCGUAAUGUAUUACGAAACACGUGAUGAGUGACUGUGUGGGCUCGGUAAACACGUUACAAGCAAAAGAGUUGCUUAAAAUGUUAUAUUUUUGCUUUUGUUCCUUCGUAAAAAAACAUAUUUACAAUAAAAAUCCCAAAACCGAUGAAA